AUGAGGACAAGAAAGCUGCUUUCUCCAGCAGAAAAAGUCUGGGUGGACAAGCCCAAGUAUGACGAGGCGGAGAGGCUCCACUAUGAGCGGGAAGCAACUUUGGCAGCCUCUGCUGCUGAGAGCUGUCAAGAGGUGGUGGCAGUGAAUGGCUUCUGCCCUGAGGAGGAGCUGAAAGGGGACCUGUGGAAGGCAGGAUAUGGGAAGAAGCAAAAGAAAAGGAAGUGCUCCCCCAAAUGCAAGCCUUCAGACAGAAAGGCGGACUUUGUCCUGGCCGGGUUAUUAGCUGACCAUGUGUGGUUCGACAAGCCUCUCUUUGACCAGGCGGAAGCCGCCUACAGAAAGAAGCUUGCUGAGAUGUUGUCCCAGGCAUCUUCUGAGACGCUCCUGGCUGCUAAGCAGUCUGCUGCCUUGGUGCCCUGGUCAGAAGCAGAGUUCUCCCAAGGUGAUAUUAGGCCACGGAGAAACCCGGCUGUCUUGCACUGCAACCAUGGCAGCCUGAUGGCCUGUCACCACAUGGUUCAGGACGCUUGGGUCAACAAGUUCAAUUUUGAUGAUGCUGAGAAGAUGUUUGUUGAAAGGUGCCAAUUGGUGGCUCUGCCCCAAACCCUGAACCUCCCGCCUGUGCCGUUGCUCAACAGUAUUGGACAAACACCAGAUGAAGGCUAUGUGACUGCCCUGCCUACUCCUUCAGCACCAGCUCAGUCCGAGGACAUUGUGGCUCAUACUGCUGCUCCGUUUGUCUCCCCGAGUCUGCCUGAUGCUUUAGUCCAGACAGUCAAUGGCAAGCCUCAGAUAUCAAGUUUACGGGCCCUGGUCUCAGAGGUGUGGCUGGAGAAACCCAUCUAUGAUGAUGCCGAGCGAUGCUUUUAUACAAACCUGUUUGACGGGCACCCUCCAGGAAAGGUGAGGUUGCAAGAGCGUGGGCGGCCAGAGUCCUCAAAAAGGAGCCGGAAAGACCAAAAGAGCCGCAGCAUGGGGAAGCAGGCAGCAGGCAAGAGGGGAAGCGGCUCCACCUCUGCUGCCAUCCCUCAAGAUUCCGGGCACGCUCCAGCUGCCUGGUAUUUCAUGCACAAGGACAGUGAGUCUGCGUGGCUGAGCAAGCCCACUUACGAUAGUGCUGAAGCACAAUAUUACAUCUCCAAAGCCUCAAAGCUGGCAAGCAGAGAAGACAGCACCAGAGCGUCUGAAACGACACUAGCAAAGCCGCCACAGCCCCCUGCUCGGGCUUCAAGUGCAUCAGAGCCUCACGCUAAAAAAAUGGCAGCCAGCUUCCUCAUGCAUGAGAAGAUUUGGUUUGACAAGUUCAGAUAUGAUGAUGCUGAGAAGAGAUACUAUGAACAGAUGAAUGGUCCAGCCACUAGUCCUUCCUGCCAGCAGGAGAACGGAGCCAGCACGAUCCUACGCGACAUUGCCAGAGCCAGGGAGAAUAUCCAGAAGUCGCUGGCCGGACUGAAGACAGUUUUGCAAAACCCCCAUGAAGCUCCUCCUGUUCGUCGCAAGAAGCAGUCAGGUUGUGCGACUAGUGUGAGCAGCACCUCUUCAGCAGGACCUGCUGGGGACCAAAGUGAACUGGUCACCAGGAUUGCACACCUGGAGGCAGAGAAUCAAGACCUUCAUUGCGUGGUUACAGACCUUCAGCUUGCCCUCUCCAGACUGGAAUAUCGCCUAAGUCUUUUGGAAAAAACAUCUACCUCUCAUCACCCUUCAUCACCACCACCAACACAGCAUGUCACCCCCAUGAAGAAGGUGGAAACCGUGGCCAUUUCAUCAAGGAAAGUAGAGCUGCCUGCCACUUUGCCUGUGAAGAAAGUAGAACCCUCUGCCACUGCCGCUGCAGGAGAAGAAGACGACGAUGACAUUGACCUGUUUGGCAGUGACGAUGAAGAGGAAGACCAGGAAGCCGCCCGAGUUCGGGAAGAGCGGCUAAAGCAGUAUGCAGAGAAGAAGGCCAAGAAGCCUGGCCUGAUUGCCAAGUCCUCCAUACUCUUAGAUGUCAAGCCAUGGGAUGAUGAAACGGACAUGGCCAAAUUGGAGGAAUGUGUCAGAUCCAUUCAGAUGGAUGGUCUGGUUUGGGGAGUCUCCAAACUAGUCCCGGUGGGUUACGGCAUCAAGAAACUCCAGAUCCAGUGUGUGGUGGAAGAUGACAAAGUUGGGACAGAUAUACUGGAGGAGGAGAUCACCAUGUUUGAAGACUACGUGCAGAGUGUUGACAUAGCUGCUUUCAACAAGAUCUAACAGCAAACCUUUACACUUUCUAAAGCUAAUAAAAGGUCAAGAGUUGGCGAGCA